GUAUAGUGAAAUAUAUCAGUAUCAAAUCUUUAUUUGGAGGCGAACUGAGGAAUAAAUGGUAUUCUAAAGCAUCAGAGGACAACGAAUUUGACACGUAUAAUAAAACAAGAUCGUCAAAAUGAAAAGAUGCGAAAAAAAUGUAGAAUCCCUGAGACAGACGCCGGAGCAACAACAGGAGCAAAAGCAAGAACAACAGCAAAAACAACAACAGCAUCAACAACAGACCAUUGCCGAGGAGCAGCAAUGUCCCUUCCUUCAGUCCACCACGCCCGUUUGGGGUGAUAGAAUGGUGAGUAAUCGUGGUGAACAAUCGGCGGAAGAAACUAAUAACAAUUUCAAUUUCUCGUUCCCCUAUUCGAUUCCAAGCACGUCCGAUAUGAGAACGUGUAAUCUAUCGUCUUCGAGGAAUAAUAGUUUAUCAUCUAUAUCCAGUUUAACCGAAAGUACUAUGAACAGUAAUCAAUCAUUCAGUGAUGCACAGUUACCUAGGAGGUGUAGAUUAUGUUCCUACGUUGCGAAUUCCAGAGCGCAGUAUAUCGAGCAUGUAAUCACUCAUUCCACGUUCACAAAAAGUUCAUAUGUAGACAAUGACAAUUUAAACGGUUAUGUUGAUGAUGAAGAGUUCGAGGAUUCAGGUAAUGAAUUAGUCAAAGGAAAGAAGAAAAAUAAAAUUUCCAAGCCGAAACCAUGCAGCAAAUGUGACUUUAUGGCGAAGACGAAAUUGGCGCUUUGGUUGCAUUUACGUCAGCACUUCAUACAGCAAGAAUGUUCCGGCUUCAUCUGCAACUCGUGUCCAUUUGCCACCACGCUCAAGCAUCAUAUGACAUUCCAUUGGUUUAGUGCUCAUGAUGAUUUUAAAGCAUACAUGUGCUCAGAAUGUUCGUAUGCAUGCGUGAGUAAAUCGAUGUUAACUAGUCACAUGAAAACACACUCAGAAAUCUAUCAGUACAAUUGCGGCAGCUGCUCAUACAAGACUAAAUUCUGCAAUGCAAUAAAAAAACACCUAAAAGAUAGUAAGCAUCAACCAGGCUUGGUAUUGAAUCCAGACGGUACGCCGAAUCCAUUCGCCACUAUCGAUGUUUACGGUAAUAAACGCGGACCCAGACGAAGGGCGUUGAUAGAAGGAAAGAAAGAACUAACAGAAACCAUCGAGGAUAUAUCGACAAAUUUAAGAAUGACUCCCCCGAUUUCAUCGAUUUCAACUCCGUCAGCUUCGGUUUUAUCAAUUCCGAUUUCAUCACCUACGAUCUUAGACUUCCCGGAUUCAAAUACGGAUCAGCCAUUGGACCUUAGUAUGUCCACAAUGACAAAAAGACAAAAUCAGUCACAGUUGGCCAACUUUUCAAAACGUAAGCGUAAAGCGGUGAAACUAGAAUAUCCCACAAUAACAAUAAGUGAGAAAAAAUUUCACAUAGAUGACAACGCUACACAAAUCCAAAAUACAGAUCAAACUUGUACGGAAUCUUCUCUUUCAGCACUUCUAACGGCAAGUCAAUCUAAUCUCCAGGAGAAAAAUAUGACACCUGAUAUAAAUAUAUAUAAAACAUCAUUUAUUUGUUACCAUUGUUGCAUUAUUUUUGCGAGUGAGAUCAUGUACGCAGUGCAUAUGAGUUUCCACAAAGUUAAAAGCCCUUUCACGUGUGCAGUGUGCGAUCGGAAGUGCACAGAUCAAAUUACAUUCUUUUUACACCUCAUUCAAACAAAACAUGAAUAA